AUGAAAUGGCUGGUCCUAACGGGCCUCAUCUUCGUCGACUUAUCCCUCAAUGAAAGCCUCGAUACCCUCUCACCUGAAGCCCCCCUCAUUUUAAUCAAUAGAACCCGAAAAACCGGACACAAUUUUGCUGUUGCACGCAGCUCAGGUGGAUCCAGGGUGUUCCUCAAAACUAAGCUACUCGAGAAUUUAAAUCGAUUCGAAGGGGGCGGAGAAAAGCUGGAAUUGCUCGAUAAUAAGGUAAACGAUAGGAGUGAAGAGAACAAAAUUGCCGAUCCGAUAAAGCAACUGUCCACGAUAUCAGUUAGUGUCAGUCCAGUGCCAUCAACAGAACUUUCGGAACUGGAUACGGCUGCCCUGCCGCAAUCAAAUUCAUUAAUGCCAGAACUAGGAGAGGAGGUCGUCGCGAGAGAAAAGAAAAAUAUUGAAUUGGCUGUAGCACCAAAUCCGGACCAACGGGUGUCUGAUAAAGCAGCAAAAACUAUUCGAAAAUGGAGGAAGCGAUUCUAUAGGGCAUACAAAGAAGGACGAAUAUUUGGAAGACUCGAGAAAAGUCCAGGCCACUUUUCUGCGCUUGCUAAUGAAGCCGAUAAAGAUGAACAUAUGAGUCGCGGCGAAUCCACUUGGGGUUAUGCGCACGAUGGAACGUAUGGCCGAGACCGGCAUGGAAAAAUUGUCAAAUUUGGACCGGAGCUAAAGCUUGAAUCAUCGGUAAAUUCACAUCGAAAACCUCUCGAAUUAAAACCAAGAAAACGAAAGAUUGUUUAUAUCCCAGCACCUAACUUGGACCAGAAUCCACAGUAUUUAUUCACAACACCGGUUCCAAAGAUUGAUAGUCUUGAACGGCAACGAUUAUAUUACGUAACGGCGAAUCCAUUACUAACAACAACCGUCGAAUUGCUGCGUGAAUUUGCGCCUGGAUUUGGCGAUCGAGGGCUUCAAGGAAUGCCAUACCCUGAAAAGCGAGAAAUUUCUCCGUUUCCGCCACAGCCACCGCUUCCAUUUUGGAAAACUGAUCCAAAUCAUCAGCCAAAGUUCUUACCGAGCUUCACACAAAGCAUUCCAUCUGCUCCACCUUUUUUACGGCCACUCCCCACGCUCCCUCCACCGACGCAAAUAAUUCAAAAAUCACGAGGACCUGGCGGUUUCGCCAGGCCUGGAGAGCAAAGUUUCUUCGAACCUGAUGAUGAUCUAGAUGAUCCUAAUAAAUUUGAUUUUGCUCCUUAUCGUGAGCCAAAAUCAGCUGGCGAGGGACCGACGGAGACUGAUGAAAAAUGUAAUAGUCAAAGAUUACGGUCAAUUAUUCAGAAGAAUAUAAUUUCAAAUGAUGCUGAAGGGUCAAAAAGAGCUGUGCAAGAGGAGGCUGAACGGGAUUUGGGAAGAUACAUUGACGUUAUUUGUGGAACCGGCUUCUUUUCCUACAUAGCGCAUACCGAUGAAUUUUGUUUAGCCUCAGCUGGGGGUGUGAAUUGCUAUGCGUUCAGUCCGGUAUGCGGAGAAGCCGAUGUCACACGACGGAAUAAGCUAAGAUAUCUGAGUCGUAACCGGAAAUUG